AUGGAAGAUUAUCUUUCGGGGAUAUCAAUCUUCCUCCAAUGGAUCUUACUAUACCUUCUUGUGAGUUUGUGGACAUGGACAAAAAUGCUUUAUCGAAUGAAGACUGAGGCUAAUAUCAGGUAUAUAGUUGGCAAGAGUACAUGUUCUGAGUUCGGCGGCGGAGACUGUGGUACCAGCGAAAAUAACACUGACGUUGAUACGGUUGUGAUCGCUAAAGGACGACAGAUUGGCAUCGUCAGUGCAACGUUCCUUAUAUUUAAUCGAAUCAUUGGAACAGGGAUAUUCGCUACGCCUAGUGCCAUCCUGGCCCAGACGGGUAGCGUUGGCAUGUCUUUAGUGGUUUGGAUUAUUGGGAUGUUAAUUGCAAUGGCUGGCACGGCAGUGUACCUUGAAUUUGGCACCGCGAUUCCAAGAAACGGCGGAGAGAAAAAUUAUCUGGAGUAUGUCUACCGGAAACCCAAGUUCCUUGCAACAGCAAUUUAUGCUUCGUAUGCAUUAUUCCUCGGAUGGGCUGCUGGAAACAGUGUGGUAUUUGGGGAAUACGUUCUGCAUGCUGCAGGCGUGGAAGUGAACCGGUGGAAUCAACGGGGUAUUGGGUUUGGGUGCAUAACGGUAGCAUUUCUUGUCCAUACCAUCGAGAUGAAAUGGGGUCUUCGUCUGCAAAAUACACUUGGCUUGCUAAAGCUGGUUGUGAUUCUGGUUAUCAUUGUCAGCGGAGCAGUGGGACUUGCGAGAGGUACACCGGGGAACGCCCCAAAUAACUUUUCGAACACCUGGGGAGACAGUCGUCCGAGCGUAUACGGCAUGGUGACUGCCUUGUACAGCGUUAUCUGGUCAUAUGUUGGUUAUUCAAAUGCAAACUAUUCACUCAGCGAGACUCGAAACCCCAUUCGAACAUUAAAGAUCGCAGCUCCUAUAGGAGUUACGUUGGUUGGAAUCCUCUAUCUGCUGGUUAAUAUUGCAUAUUUCGCGGUUGUGCCAAAGGAAGACAUCCUGGGCUCUGGACGUAUCCUGGCAGCCUCCUUUUUUCGCAACAUUUUCGGGCCUAAGGCAGAGAGGGUUCUGUCCAUAUUUAUUGCGCUCUCGGCCUUUGGCAACGUGAUGGCAGUGCUAUUCUCUCAAGGAAGAAUUGUCCAGGCACUCGGCGAAGAAGGGGUACUUCCACUGUCCAAAUUCUGGGCGAGUAAACGCCCGUUUAACUCUCCAGCUGCCGGUCUGCUGGAACAUUAUAUCAUCUCAGCCGUAGUUAUGCUCGCUCCACCACCUGGAGAUGCAUAUAUCUUUCUUCUCAACAUGAUUUCGUACCCGUUGUCUGUGGUAAAUGUCCUGGUAGCUGCAGGACUGAUGCAUAUAUACCUUCGGCCGUCAAAGUAUCCUGGUUGGGCUCCGGGUAUUCGAGCAACAUUGCCAGUUACUGGGUUUUUCCUGGUAUCCAAUAUCUAUCUCACCGUUGCACCAUUCCUCCCACCGCCAAACCUCAAGGACAAUAUAUAUGCUUACCUUCCGUACUACUCGCACUGUGUGGCCGGCCUGAGUGUCUUCGUGAUCGGCGCGGUAUACUGGGUGGUAUGGGCAAAGCUGCUACCUUGUAUGAAGGUAUAUGAGAUUGCAGAGCACUCCUUUGAGGAGGAGAACGGAGCAACUAGGAUGGUGGCAGUAAGGAUACCUUCGGCAGCGCCCAGUGCGCCAGAUGAGAAGAGAAAAGAAAGCCAUUUUGGUUAG